AUGACUCCUUCUUUUUCCUUCUUUCAGUCCGGCACAGCUGGGACCCUGGAGGAUCCCCUGCCGGCCCAACCGGACAGACAGCCCGAUCUCCUGGAAUCCUUUGCUGAUGAGAGGCAGCGUGAUCUGUCCAUCCUGCUUCUGGAACUACAGGAGGCCCAGGAAGAGAUCGCCUUCCUAAAGGGGCAGCUUCCCCUCUCGAGCAGCCUGGAAGAUGACGCAGGGCGCUCCCAGGGCAACGACGCCGAGAGGGAGGGAGAAGGGACCGUGGCCAUCCAGAGCGACUCGAGCAGCAGCUCCCUGGUCACUGUGGACAUCCAGGACUCCCCUUCUGUCCUGGGGAUGCUCUUGGGACCGGAGGAGAAUGAAACAUCUCAGGGACCAUCUGCAGACUCCGAGCUGCAGUCGCAGAAAAUAGCCAAGUUGGAGCUGGAAGUCGCUGAACUGCAAAGAAGGCAGCAGGAAGCCACGGAAACCCACCAGAGAGUCUUGGAGGAGAAAACCGCAGAGAUUGGCCAGCUUCAAGAACAGUUGGAGGGCAGCCCUGCUGCCCACCCAGAGCUGCAGCCUCAGCUGCCCAACUACGAAAGGGGAAUCUCUCACCUGGGCUUGCUGAAGGAGCAGAUUCAGAGCCUGAGGAAUGAGGCCCAAUCCAAGGACGUGAAAAUUGUGGCUCUGCAGAAGGACCUGGACGAAGCCCAGCGUCAGCUCUCGGAGCAAGAGAUGGCAGGGAGGAACCUCCUUAGCCAGCUCCAGAAGGAGCAGCAGGACGGCCAAGCCCUGGUUGAACAGGCGCGGGAGGCUUCCGCGAAGGCCAAGGAGCAGUCCCAGGCCCUGGCCUUGAAGGAGCUGGAAGUCGCCAAGCUGGCGACACUCCUCUCGGAGAACUCCCUGGAGGUGGAGAGGCUCCAGCAGGAAGUGGCGGAGCGGGAGCGGAGGAUGGCCGAAGUCAGCGUGGGCAUGUCCGACCGGAUGGUGCAACUCAACGAGGAGAAGUUCGUGCUGGGGAAGGAGCUGAAGAGCGUGAUGGAGCAGCUGAGCGUCCUGCAGCAAGGGAAGGAGACCAGAGGGCAGGCCGUGGAGACGGAGGAGAGAUGGCCGCCGACGGAGGAGUGGCCCACCGACCAAGCCGUGGAAGUUCUAAGGAAGGAGAACGAACUCCUGAGGAAGAAGCUGCAGGCUGCUCUCCUCAGCAGGAAGGAGCUCCUCGCCAGGGUUCGCCAGCUGGAGCAGGAAGGAAAAGGGGAGGAAAAGCUUCCCGCCGAGAGCCAGGAGGGGAUGGCUCAAGAGAACGAAGGAGGCGGGCCUCCCUCCGUGAGCCAUAGUGGCCAAGGGCAUCCUGUAAGGCGGGGCAGGGCUGCCUCACUGAACCAGCUGCUCUCCGCCAAGGAAGCCGCGUCGCAGGUCAGCCUCGAGGAAGAAGAACGCACGUGGCUGCGGACCAUGAUUGCCGAGUUGCAGCAGCAUCUGCAGGAGAAGGACCUUCAGAUCAACGCUCUGCAGGCUGAACUCAAAGACCGCCAGUUGUCCCCCGAGAAACAGAGUCCGGUGGAUCAGAAUGUGGAGGGGUCCAGCUCAGCAGAUUCCAGGGAAGGUGGAACAAGCAGCAAAGCUAACCUUGGCCCAGAAGGAGAAAAUAAGACCACCCAAGAAGAGUUUUCGGCACUGGUCCAGGAGAGAGAAGAGCUCCAGAAGAAGCUCCAGGAAGCUCUGGUCUCGCGCAAGGAGACCAUCAAGAAAGCCAAGGAGAAGGAUCGUCAUUAUCGCGAACUGCUAAAGCAGCAGAAGGAGGACUACAACUUGCUACAAGAGCAACUUGAGCAGCAGAGCUGGGAGAAGGAGAACCUGCAGGACCAACUCCAGACUCUGUCCAAG